GCAAUUACCCACCAGGGUGAGAAGUCAUUCCAGGAUGUGCCUGAUCAGAGACAGUUCGGAGCGACGGAAGAAUCCCUGUUGCGUGGUUAGAUGGCUUCCUAUCCUCCUGAUCCUGGCCAUGUUGGUCUGGUCCUACCACGUCUUCGUCUACCAGAUCUGCAUAAAAAGAGUUGAGGGAUUGGUGACGAUGGGGAUUAUGCUCCUGUUCUACCACCUGCUGCUCUUCAUGUUCCUGUGGACUUGGUUCCAGUGCAUUUGCGUAGCGCCCGCUAAGAUUCCCGACCAGUGGAGAAUAUCUGCAGAGGAUGUGGACAGAUUGGAGCGAAGCGAAGGAGUCGAGGCAGCAGCGCGAAUCCUCAGCAACGCCUCGCGGAAUUUACCCAUCGCCAGCUGUACGAGUGAUGGCAUAGUUCGCUAUUGCAAGACCUGCUGGAUAAUUAAGCCAGAUCGGGCCCAUCACUGUCGAUCCUGCCACGUGUGCGUCCUGAAAAUGGACCACCACUGUCCCUGGGUGGUGAACUGCGUCCACUUCCACAACUUUAAGUACUUCAUACUCUUUCUUUUCUACGCUGAGCUGUAUUGCUUCUUUCUUUUCUGCACGAUGAUCUUCGAUACGUACUUAGUCUGCGGAUUCGAUUUUACAUACCUGAAACGCGAGCACUCUUGGAGUCUCCUCCAAUACGUGGUAUGCAUUAUAUUCAACAUUUUCACGCUGGCCAUGUACACUGUCAGCGUAUUCAAUGUGUCCCGAAAUCGCACCACCAUGGAAUCGAGUUAUGCUCCGCACUUUUUCGUUGGCGGGAAGAACAACCAUGGCUUUGACUUGGGAUGUUGUGGUAAUUUCGGAGAGCUUUUUGGCGAUAAAUGGUACCUUUGGCCUUUUCCAAUCUUCUCGAGUCGCGGCGAUGGAUUAUCAUUUCCCUUGGCCAUCGAUCGACUGAAGGACCAAAGAAAAGAUGAUACCCCGAACAGAGCCCAGAUUGUCAAAGAUAACAUGACCAGACUACUCGGGAUUCAUCAUGGUACUUUCGACUAUGAAUAG